AUGUCGGCCAAAGAUGACAAUGUCGUGCAGCAGCAGUCCAACUCUUUCUAUGCCGCCAUUGCUCGCACCGCAGCCCGCAGCUUGGCUCUGUACUUCUCUAGACCUGUAAGACUCUUCCGCCCGUCUAAAGUCAGCGGAUGGCAUUCGUUACGAGGACUCGCGGAUAGCCAUGGACAAUCGCUGUCGCCCCAGUACAUCUCAUGGCUCGUAAAGGAACAUGGUUGGUCUGUGAUUCCCAAGCAUUUUGUGCCUCCCAUGCUCGUCAAUGGGCUUCUCGGGGUUGUCUUAUGGUCUACAUACUCCGAAGUGUCCAGCUGCCUCGAGCCCCACCUCGCCUCCCAUCCGACCACCCUCGCAGCGCUCUCAGGAGCCUGCGCAGGAGGCGCGCAAGCCCUUGUCGCCGCGCCCGCUGAGAACAUGCGUUUCGCGCUCGAGGGCACAUCCCGGGCGACUGGUUGGAGCGACGCAUGGAAGGAGGUCUUCCUCAUCACAAAACCCACGACCCCGAUGACGCCUUCUGAGCAAUUGCGGGAGGCGCGCCAGGUGCGCGACUGGAUGCGAGAGGUUGGCGAGAUGGCUGGCCGUGGCUGGGAAGGCUGGGGCUGGGGCUGUGCGAAGGACAUCUGCGGUUUUGCCGCCUUCUUCGCCAUAUUCGACGUGACGCGCCGGUGUGCGAUCGAGGCGAAGGCCACGUCGCAAGCCCUGCUCGACCGUGCACCCCAGGUCGUGGUGGGCUCCGAGUCUGAGUCCGACAAUCGCGUUCACUCCGUCCGCAGACAUACUCCGCGCGUCGUGCACGCCGCCACGCUCGUCACAGGUGGCGCGAUCGCGGGACUAUCGUACGAGAUUCUCAGCCGCCCCUGGGACGCGAUGCGCCGAGCGGUCCACCACGACCGGCUCGCGCCCGUGCAACACCAGCGUUCGAUCGCGGGCAUCAUCCUGCACAAAGCCCGCGAAGACGGCGUGCUGUCGUUCUUUACGAGCCCCGCGCACGCUCACCACGACCCUUCGCCUUCGCGGAUGCGCCGGCGUCUGAAUACUGCCUUGCGAACCUUGGGGCGUGUGGGCCCUUGGGGCGUCGGGUUUCUCGCGUGGGAAGCCUUUGGACCGGGUCUAUCGUAGCGUCCGUUAGAGGGAGCCGCAUUGCCUGCGCACGCCCCGUGUUGGACAUUCAUGUAUGUGAAUGGAAGUCAGAAGGCCACAGAUGAUCAUACGCAGCCGUUGCAGCCCCAGACUCAACAUUCAAUGGAAG